AGAGUGAAAGACCGAGAGAGUGAAAAAUAAUGUCCACGCCCCCGAUUUUUCUUCUUUUCAAUUGGUUUGCCACGUAAUACUCGGAUGGUCCAAUCGGCUGGAGGGGGUAUAACAAUAGGACUCGGCCUCGGGGGUCUGUCCCGUACACGCUGCCCGUACAGUCAGCCCUUAUUCAAACAGAUAUCCCCGUCUCUCUCAAUCUGAUCACUGUUUUCAUCACAAUCCGCUCCAACAGUGUUAUUCCUGUCUUCUGACGAGUCACCACACAAUCCGGGUGGUGUUGCUUUUGGUGGUACAUGGUUGUUUCUUUUUUAACUCGGGUGUAGUUAUACUUCUGUGACUAAAAUAGCAGCUUCAAGUAGUUUGGCGAGGUGGAUCUCAACUUUUCUACAACUAUAAUUUAAUUAACACUUUCUUCUCCGUCGACAUUAUGGCCAACGCACAUAAUUACUUGGUGAUAGUGUUUUGUACGACGGCGGGACAGCGAGGGGCACUUCUCGGUACUGACGAAACUGACUUGGUGCUUUUAACGUGGGGCGUCAUAGACGUUGAAACUAACAAGUUGGUGGGUUUCAUUAAACAGUCAUUUGUGAGGCCAGACUCGGACAGUGUCGAGGUAUCUGAUGACCUGUGCAAGGCCCUUGGGGUUCAGCGAGAUGUCUUCAAAGGAGCUGCCAAGAUGGAGAAAGUUCUCCAGCAGUUCGAAGAUUACCUAUACAAGGAGUUGAACUUGAGCCAGGGAAACACACUUUGUCUCAUCACAGAUGGACAGCUCCACAUACGACAAUGUAUACACCCGCAGUCCCUGAACAAGAGUGUCGAGCUUCCAGAAUUCUUCCACUCCUUCUUCGAUCUGAGAAAGGAGCUACACAAGUUCCAUCCGGGUGCCACCACAAUUACCACGGUCAAGGACAUGGCAGAUUAUUUAAAGAUUGAUACAGGAAACUACAACUUCACAGAAACUGGUCUGGAUGAGUGUCGAGCUAUGGCAAGCAUUGUUCAGAGGCUCAUCGGCGAAGGACAUAGGUUUACGAAUCCCGAUCAAGUCCGUAGGAAAUACGAGCCCGGUACCUUUGAUAAAACAGAGACUGUUCCAGACAACUCGGUUGUCAAAGCUAGAGGUCUACCGUGGCAAGCAUCGGACAGGGAUGUCUUCCGGUUCUUCAAGGGUCUUAAUAUUGCAAAGGGUGGAGUGGCAUUGUGUUUAAACCACUAUGGCAGGAGGAAUGGCGAGGUCAUGGUGCACUUUGUAUCGUCCCAACAUAGAGAUAUGGCCUUGCAGAGACACAGGCAUAACUUGGGCAACCGAUAUGUAGAGGUUUUCAAGGGAACAAGUGAAGAAUUUAUCAAGGUUGCAGCAGGGACCUCUCGCGAUGCUGCCAUGUUCUUAUCCAGGGAUGAUGGGCACAUCAUUGUCCGCAUGAGGGGAUUGCCAUUUACUGCCUCUGCAAAAGAAGUUGUUGACUUCUUCGGGCCAGCCAUUCCUGUCUCUAGUGGUGAAGAAGGGAUACUGUUUGUGAAACAGCGGAAUGGGAAGAUGACUGGCGAUGCCUUCGUUCUCUUUGCCACUGAGGAGGCAGCCAAUAAGGCUCUGGAGAAACACAAGGACUACCUGAAGAAUAGAUACAUUGAGAUCUUCCGCAGUACAACAGCUGAAGUACAGCAGGUUCUUUCCCGCCUCCACUCAGAGCCCCUCAUGCCAGAGGGUCCUCCAACCUCCAACGUCAUGGUCCCCAAUAUCAUCCACCCACCCCAAGCUCACAUCAUGCCACAGCCGCACCACGCCUCCUUUGUACCCCAGCAACUCAUUACCUGCGGAAUGGUGAGGGACUGCAUCAGGAUGCGGGGACUCCCCUUCAAGGCGUCCAUUGAUGACAUCAUGAGGUUCUUGGGAGAGACGGCGUCGUUCAUUCGCCCGCAUGGAGUCCACAUGGUUUACACCAUGCAGGGCAAUCCCACAGGAGAAGCCUUCAUCCAGAUGAUGGCUGCAGAGAAAGCUCUGCUAGCUGCCCAGCUGUGUCAUAGGAAGUACAUGGGUGAGCGAUAUGUUGAGGUCUUCCAAUGCUCCGGAGAUGAGAUGAACUUAGCCCUGAUGAGUGGAGCCAGAAAUAAGGCAACUAUUCAGACACAGCAAGUAGUACCAAGUGCAAUAGCACCAACAACUCCCCCGUUCCCCUACCAGCAACAACUCCACUCUCCCAGUGCUCCCGGUUCCCUCAUCCCCACCACCGCUGCUCUUCCUACCAUUCAUCAGCAGACUCGCCAGCAGACUACGCACACCUACAUCCAGCAACCCUUGUAUUACUUCCCGAGUCCCCCGGUAUCACCAACGACCAGCCAGUUGUACCAUCACCCCCAUGCCAAUAAUGCCAUUAUCCGACUGAGGGGGCUGCAUGUUGGAGCUACCCCGCAAGAGGUUGCCCAGUUCUUCCAGGGAUAUGGGGUCCCUGCAGAGAAUGUGCAGAUGCAGUAUAACGGGGACGUCUUGGUACCUUUCUACUCUCAGGAGUUGGCCAUCAAAGCUCUCCAGGAGAAGCAACGCCACUACACUGGCAAGAUGGAACUCUUCAUGACCUAAACAGUUAACAUUGGGAAAACAAAAUUCAGCAUCAGAAAACAUGGGUGGUUGGAAUCUGCUCUCUGUGUAAAUUAAACACCACGCAGGAAAGCAGUGAUCGACAUUUUUUGAAGUACCUUGAAAAUGCUACGCAAGUUUUGUCUCUGUUUGGUAAUAAGACUCAAAACUAUACAGGUUUUUCACUGAGUAGAUACAAAACACAACUUGGAUGUAAUUUAUGUUUACACUGUAAAUACAUCGGACCGUCAAAUUCAAAGGGAUCCCUGGCAACAAAAAUGCUAAGCAGACAAGUUUGCCUUUAAGCAUGUUCUGUCGAUAAGCACUUAGCUUCCCUACACUUUUGCUGGUUAGCACAUGAAACGAGUAAGUGCCUGUUAUAAAGCAGGGCUGUUCUUUCGACAAACUUGCUCAGCAGAGCUCUUGUUCCACAGGGAACAAUCUUUGGUCCCUGAGAAUAAAUUUCAACAAAUGUUAUCUCACUGUUGCUACACAAUAUAGAGGUGUGAACAAACUACAUUGGUUUCAAUUGCCCCAAAACAUCCGUAUAGACUCUCUGCACACUAAAAAUGUGCCUUUUUAAAAUAUUAUAUUAACGAAUACAGAAUUUUGCACUUCCAAGUGUGGAUAUAUAUUUAAGAAAUCUUAAUAUUGUUGUUUAAAUAGCAAUUUAUUUGUUUAGUAAUUGUUUAGAACUUAUUCAAGACUUUACACGUUUUGCACAUUUUGAUUUUUUUUAUGCCUCAAGUUUACCUCUAUGCAUUUAUUCCCCUUUAACUCUUUGAGGGGAAUAUGGCAUUUAUAACUAAACCUUUCUGUGCCUUGUAUAUUCGUAGAUUAGGCCGUAGUUGCUAGACUAAACCUUCUCUGUGUGCACGCUACAAAAGUAAAUUAAGCUUUUGUUUUUUUAACACGGUGUGCAUCCCAAUUUUUGUAUUCGCGAUGUUUUGUGUUCAAAGAACAUUUCCAACUCGAUGGCUUCCAUGAAAGCGUUAAUGCUCAACUCUGAAUGCUUUAAACUAAAUCAACUCUUCCAGAACAGGCAGUCCUGGGCUUCCAAUGGUGUAACAAAUUCAACUUUUUUUUUUAAUAUAGUCAUAAUUUUUGUGUGUGACGUGUUUGGCACAUCAAAUAUUAUUUUUGCGUACAUCCCAUUUUAUAAAGUAUUUCUGGCUUUCACAAAUUAAAGGCCUAAAUAAUUAUAGGCUUUAAUCUAAAUCCCAUUGGCAGCGGCCGCAGAGACUUCUAACUCGACUCAUCUCUGAACAUACUUGUAGUGUACAUCUUUGAAACUGUUCCAGAUGUCAUAUCAAUGCAAACAGAUAUAAAUUUUAACUUAAAAACCUCAACAUAUAAUGGAGUGGUGUCUUAAUAAUAAGAACUUGGUUUAGAUUUACGUUUAGAAUCUGUAACUGGUGUUACUUCAAAAACAGAGACUUUUAUUUUAUAGGUUUUUAGAUGGUAGGUGUUGUCUGUCAGAUAAUAACCAAGAAUAGUUAACAGGUCCCAGAAGGGGCAGGGUUCUUAAGGUGUCUGAGGAAAAUAACAAUUGGUGUUGAGAUAUUUCACGAGGCACUAAAGCAUUUGGCACCACUGCCUGCGUAAAUUUCAGGUUAAAGUGGACCUAAAUCAUGACGUUGUGAGCAGUAGUGGGCCAUUUCAAAGACUUGUAUUUCAUGGAGGGCAGGGCCAUUUUCUUUUUGCCUUGGGCGCUUCCAUUGGAAAAGUUUGUUGAAAUUUGUUGAACCAAGGCCAGUAGGGGCAACAGAGACCAUGGCUAAGGCCUCCAUGUAAUUCAGGUCAGAUUUUUUAAAGGCCUUCUAGUCUCACGUUUCUAUUUAUUUGAAACAUAUGAAGGAAAACGAAAUGGCUGCUCCAUGAUAGUGGGUCUUAAAUUUGCCUCCGUCACAACAUAAUUCUGGUUAACUUUUGGUUUGUUUUGUUUCCGUAAUAGGGGUUUUACAGGUGAUCUAAAAAAAAAGGUUACAGGUGAUUGGAAAUAACGCAAAUAUUCUUGCCACCAAAAGAAGUAAAUAACAAGAAAAAAUUGUUCUCCGGUAAAACAGACAAUUAAAGUCAUGUUACUCUAAGUACUGGAUGGGGUUCUUUGGGGAUGCUCGUUUAAGUUGGCCUGAAAACUCCACCCGCUUUAACGCAAAUGCUCUCCUGCCUAUGACAAGGGUUCAAGUGAGUCUUGGUCAUGCUUGAUGUCGUCCUAGGGGAAUCCCCCUUUUGAUUUGACGCAAUAUUAUUAUUUUCUUUUAAAAGCUCUCAGUAUUAUUUAUCUGAAGUAACAAUUAUACAACCUUCUCUAAAUAAAGCAUCGUAAUGGGCAUUGAUUAAGUGUAGGUUGUUUUUCUGUUUGUGAAGGGGGGGGGGUUACAAUAGGCACAAAAACGCUCAAUAUUCUAAAAUUUCUAUUUUGUUUAAUCAUGUCCAAAAUUCAUGGGUCACAGCUUUUAGGUUUCGGAACAAUUGACUUUUCAGACCUUCUUUAAACAGUACAGCAUCAGUUCAAACAUUUACAUAAUUGAAAGAGUACUUUUUUUAAGUUUUCAUAUUCUGGAAACCACUGUAUUUUGUAAUAUCAAUACAAAGUAAACCUUACAGUAAAAUGUUUUAAUUUGUUCAUUGUUCAAAAUGAUAAUAUGUUUUAAUAUUACUUUGCAAGUAUUUUUCCUGGAAUUUGUAUGUUGCACUCCAGUUUUAGAAAUAUUUGUAGCCUUUUGAGUUUUAAAGUUAAAUCAAAUUGUAUUCUUGAAUACUUCCAACAAUUACACAAUAUAAUGUGUGUUUGAAUAUUUAAAUAUUGCUGAAAAGCAAAGUGAAGAUCUGUUAUUGUAUAUUUACGCAUUAAAUUUGUUUUUUGUUUUAGUAAAGAAAAAAAUGCCUGUAUUUGUUUACAUAAUUAAAGCAAAAUGCUAUUUAAUAAAGGUUUUAGCACAACGCUUGCAUUCAGUCAUUGGAAACUAGCUUUGAUGCGGUGAAACGCCUCCCAACUCGCAUCUACAAGGAAAUCAAGGAGAUAAAUUGCGCUGCUUUCACAAUAGACAAAGUAAUGUUCCCUUUCGUUCCAUUUAAAGAGCAUCUACACUUUUCAGGCCAGAAUCGUGUACAACUCUACACAUAUUGCUUUCAUAAAAUCACGGAAUGAAUGGAUGGUUUCAACUGAAAUUUUACAGUUUCACAGAAUGGCAAAUUUCCUUUAUUAUAAUGGUGUUUAUUUUUUAAGAGAUUGCAGUAAUAAUUAGCUUAGUUGCGCACAAUGUAUUCCCCCCUGCAUCAAUGUUCAUGAAGCAAAAAACAAUUUGUUCCCUGAAGUGUACAUAUUCUUCAACAGUUAAAAUAAAAUACAAUAUAAUAAAUAAAAAAAAAUAAUAAAAAUAAAAAAAAACAUUCCAUAAGAAUUAUUAUUAAAAAAAUAGUCUGAGCAGCAAUAUUAUUUUUGUAUGGCAUUCCCCUCUUUGAAGCUUUUAAUUCCAAGAAAUUCACCCUCUUAAAAAUAGAUAAUACAAGUAUCCGUCGCGCUUACACAUGAAUAAUAUUCGGCUUAAAAACACCUCCAAAAUACACACAAAAACCAACAUCGGCACAGAUAAGGGACACAGAUUUUUGCCUGGAACAUUUUCGUGUGCGCUGCUCUAGUGCGGCCUGCACUAGAAAACUGAUUAUGCUUUUUUACAUUGGAUCAGGCAUACCUCCAUUAUCAGAGUCCAACAGUGGGUCUUGAGUAAUACCAAUAUGUUGGUGGGUUUUGUUAGAGUGAGGAAGGAUCCUAGUAAAUCACUGGGCUAACUAAAUCUGCUUGAGUUUUGUGAAAACGCCUUUAAUUCAUUGUGAAUUUUGUUCCCGUCGUAAUGUUCUGUCGGCCUAUAUUUAUAAUGGACAAGUGUGGUAUUCUGUUAUUGUGCACAAGGGUCAAUGUUUCUAUAGCUGCAAAGCUGGCCUAAAGAAUGCAAAAAUGCAUAAACAGACAGUAUUGUAACAUGUGCUUAUCUGUGUGGUCAAACUACCUUUUUUUGCUACAAUGUUUUUGCUUCCUAUCAUGUAGAUUAAGCUUUGCAGCGAGAUCAAAUUUGGCUGUGUAAUUUCAAUAGUUGUGCAAAAACUUCUCGCUGUCCAACUGCCUUUAACCUGCUGUACUUUACGCAUUCAGUGCAAUAAGAUGAAGUACACAUGUAUACAGACUACCAGCAAUAAACUACUGACUGAAUGUUAAUCUCGUGUGUUUUAAUAGAACAGUACCGAACAACAAUCGUGUUCUUCCAUAGGAAACCAUUAACCUCCAAUCUAACAAACUUAGAGAUCUUCCCAAUUUAUAUUGUACAUUUAUAGUCUAAAUGUAUUAUUGUUUACUGCACCUUAAAAAAUGAAAUUGUAAAAAGUCGUUCACAGUGUACUUCUGAAUAAAGUGAGAAAGUGAUAUCAA